AUGCAUUAGCGAGCAGAGUUUGCGGUGUCGCUGGCAUUAAACCCGCUCCAGAUUAGAUAUUCAAGUUUGUGUGUAUUCCCGAUGCCAGAGUUCCCCCGCAGCAGCAAGGAUUGCCAGAGCUCUUCUCCCAGGAUAUUUAAAGAGCUGCCCGAGUGUGCCAGGGGACAGAGGAGCCCCCGCUGCCGGGCAGUGAUGGGUUAAAGAGCCAUGAGGCUCCUCUGAACCACCCCGCUUUUUUUGGCAGCCCGCUUUCUCACAACCUCCCCUUCCUCCUCCUCCUCCUUAUAUAUUCAUGAAGCAGCGCGGCCGGGGUGAAAUAGAAGAGGAAGAGGAACUCUGUGUUCCCGGCUCUUCCCCUUUAUCCAGCGCUGCCCCGCAGGAGACGGACUCGCCCCCCGCUGCAUCAGCUCUGGGGGCCGGGAGGAGCAGAGUUAACAGUAAGUGCAGCUGUAAGAUGAAACCUCCAUCUGGGCAAGACAUAAGGCUGGCAUACCUUCUCCUGAGUCUGGCUCCCCUCUGCCUCCCCAGCCCUCUCUGGAAGGACCGCGAUUCCCUGAUGCAGGAGGAGAAAGCCCAAAGGACAGGUGGCAACUUGGUGCUGAGUAGGCAGGAGCAGCAGCUCAGCACAAAGCUCGUCAGCCUCAAGAAGAAGGAAGUGGAAGCAGCCAUGAGUACAGGACAGUUUCCUCCAAGCAUGCACUUCUUCCGGGCAAAGAGCCUCAUUGAUCAGAGCGCGGUGUUCAGCAUCUUAAAGCGCAUGCCAAAAGGUGCUGUGCUCCACCUGCACGACUUGGCCAUGCUGAGCGUGGGCUGGCUGGUGUACAAUGCCUCCUACCUGCCUGACUGCUACAUCUGCUUCACCAGCACGGGCUCCGUCCGAUUCCGCUUCUCCCGGCCGCGCCCUCCGCACCCGCUGCCGGCCCAGUGCUCCCAGUGGCUUCUGCUGGGCUCCUACCGGGAGCAGCUCAGCGACGUGGCCGAGUUUGACAGAGGCUUGCUGAGAAACCUGACCCUGGUGACAGAUGCCCCUGAGCUGGCCUACCCCUCUCAGGCUUUCAUUUGGAAAAGAUUUGAAGAAAUCUUUCUCAUUGCCUCUGGACUUAUCUGCUAUGCACCUGUGUUCAAGGCCUAUUUCUACCAGGGGCUGCUGGAGCUCUAUGAAGAUAACAUACAGUAUGUUGAGAUAAGAGCUAUCCUGCCUGCGGUGUACGAACUGGAUGGCACCCAUCACAAUAAAUCAUGGUCUGUGGCAACCUACCGGGAAGUGACCAGGCAGUUCAUGAAGGAGCACCCAGACUUUGUUGGAGCCAAGAUUAUAUUUGCAGCGCACAGGAUGCUGAAUGUUUCCCAGAUUAAAGAAGCCAUCCUCACUGCCAUGGCACUCAGAGCCCGCUUCCCAGACACCCUGGCAGGCUUCGACCUGGUUGGUGAUGAGGACGAAGGUCAUUCUUUAUGGGACCUGAAGGACGCCCUGACCAUCCCAUAUUCCAUGGGGGUCAACUUACCAUACUUCUUCCAUGCUGGGGAGACUGACUGGCAGGGCACCUCUGUAGACAAUAAUGUGCUGGAUGCAUUGCUACUGAAUACCAGCAGGAUUGGCCAUGGACUCGCUCUCAUUAAACAUCCAAUAGCCAAAAGUUUGUCUCUGAAGAGGGAUAUUCCUGUAGAGGUCUGUCCCAUCUCCAACCAGGUCCUGCUGCUGGUGGCUGACUUGAGGAGUCACCCUGCAGCUGAUCUCAUGGCUGAGGGGCACCCCAUUGUGAUCAGCCCCGAUGAUCCCUCCGUCUUUGGGGCAAAGGGAGUCUCCUAUGACUUCUACGAGGUAUUCAUGGCCAUCGGAGGGAUGAAUGCUGACCUGAGGACCCUAAAACAGCUUGCACUCAACUCCAUAAAAUACAGUGCCAUGCCACCGGAUGAGAAAGCCAAGGCCAAAGAGGUCUGGCAGAAAAAAUGGGACCAAUUUGUGGCUGACCUCUCUGAUAGCUUUCUAAGGGAGCUGUAGAGAGGACAAGGCUCAUCUCAGAAGGCAUUUGGCAAGCUAGAGCGAGCCAGACUGAUUGCUAAGAGGGAGACUUGCUUCUUCCACGUGACCUGAGCAGAUGAAUGGACGUCAAAGUCUCACCUGGCAGUGGGCGACUCUGCUAAGCCAGGCUUAAUGGGCUUAAAGCUAAGAAGGAGCUGCACUAUCCUCUGAAACUCAUGGGCUGGAGAUAAAAGGGAGCAGUGAGCCUUUAGAGCAACUACAAGAAAUCGCCCUGCUCAAAAGAGUCAAAACAAUUAAAAAUUGCCAAUGACCAAAUCCUGACGUGCUUAUUCAGGAAAAACACGCUUUCCAAUUAGAGUCAGCAGGAGAUUGCCAACACGAGGAUCUCUGAAUUUUGCCUUAUCAUUACAAAAUGCAGACCUUGUCCGGAAACAGCUAAGACAAACAUCCAACCAUUUGGGCCACUGACCUUCAAGAGAGCAAGGACUGAAAAUGACUCUUGUUAUGUUUAACCCUGGGCCUGCCGCCAAAAUAGCACGGCUAGGUCGAAGAACCAGUCAUAGGUCUGAUGUCUGCUAUUUCAGGACCUACCAUGGCUGGAAACAAGCUGGUGGAACUUGCUCCCAGAACAUUUAAGCCUGGUUGCACAGUGAUCAUAAAGCCAGAAGAGAGGUGCCUCAGUUGCCA